UCCGAGAUUGACUAUCUUCGUUCUCGAUUCCUGAAAGAAAAAGCAGCCAUGAAACGAGGGUUUAUUUCGAUUUUGGUCAUGUUAUUGACCUUUCAGAAACCCACACAAUGCAAACCAAAUUUUAAUUUUAUGAACGAAGAAGAAAUGUUGCAUUUGAGAAAAAUCUAUAAGCAAAUUGAUAGAUUGAACAAUCUGAAUGUAGUUCAGCAUAGACAUGGACCUGCCUUUGCUUUACGUUCCGGCUAUCUUACAGAUUUCUAUAACAAAGAGGGUUGGAUUUCAGAACUAUACGAGGAUAUGAGACGGUACGAGACGAUGAAAUUUGAAAAUGAUACGCAAAUAAAUUUGGCUGAGGCACAGCUUUCUACCGGACGCAAGGAGAAUCUUCAAUUGAUGGAAAACAUUCACCUCAAACUCUUCAAGGAUAAUUUGAUCGGCUACCUGGCAAGAGGUAACCAGCUGUGGUACAUCUCUACUUGCGAAACGCCUCAGUCCCCACAGCAGUUUCUUUACACGCUAUAUGUGGACUACAUUCUACUCGAACUGAAGGCCCACGCAUUGGUAGAGUGGUCCUGGAUGUUGCUCAGGAAGUUCGGAAAGGGAGGAUCCAUCGAGGAGGAGAAAGCUACUCGGGAAGCUUACCAGCGAAGGACACCCGGAACUCUUCCAAAGAUCAAGGACUUGAUGAGCCAAGCAGAUCGCUCCGUUUGGCGGUGCGACCCAAGGGAACACAAGGCCGGGGUCACCUACGAGGAGGUCACCCGCCUGCUGCAGGGUUAUGUGGAGAACGAGGUGGACCUGAACAGCGACGGAACCUGCCGCCGUGACUGUGGCUACUACACAUCCUCCAGAAGUGAGGGGUGUUUCGACAACAAGUUCUGUUCGGAGCAACCAAAAUGCGCUGGGGGAGUGUACGACUGUCGUUAUGUGGAAUCAGAUAUGCAGAUUUGUCAGGCGGAUAAUAACUCCAACAGACGAUACGAGUUCAUCCAGUAUGAAAGUGGACUUGUUCAUGGGCAGAAAGGAUCGUGUUACACGUGGCUAAACCGUGUCAAGAGUUGGAAUCGAUGGAUUUUUCAAGAAUGCAGCUAUUGUGUUUGCCUGUGCGAUGAUCAAAGCCCCAAGUCGGAUCGGUUCUUUAACCUACGACCUGUGAUCGCCGAUGUGAAGAAGAACAGAAUCGUGACGGGACUUCGAUUUGUUAAGAGGAAUCGCAUUUUUCACCUGCAGAUUCAGGAGGGCGAGCUCCUGCCCCUUGGAGUCAUUAAUGAGUCCACUCUUCAGUGGAAACCGGUGGAUACCUACACCAUAUCCGAUGAGGACGUGAAGAUAAACGUUGACUUUCACGUGUUGACCUAUGAAAAGAGAUCCAUAAGUCUAGGCAAAGUGGAGGCGAAGAACAACUCUGUGGUUACCGGGCUGCGGUUCCAAGUGGUCGGAACCCAUCUUCAACUGGAGGCCCGAUUCAGCAGAGUCGAUUUUGAAAACGGAAAGCUCAUCGAGCCGAAGACAGCGAGCUUUUGGCUAUCCGGGGGCAAUGAUGAACCAAGGAAGAAGAUAUCCCUAAAGGACGCCCAAGUGCCCACGCGAUCCUCUGACUCUUCAACACCUUACCCGAGUGACAACCAGUAUAUCGAAUUUACCAACACAGGAUUUGACCAGGAUGCUGCCCAGAGCACUGUGCCCUAUAUCGACAUCCAGGAAGUGGUUUCUGAACCGGUGGUUCCACUCUCCGGAAUUGGAGUUUACUUUAAAGGCAGUGAUGGCUAUGCUGGAUUUUUGGCUCCCAACAUUAUCACCUAUGAUUUUACACCACACGUCCAGGUGCCCACGUGGAAGUCUCUGACCUAUAAGAGCCCGGAAUAUCGUACAACUGGAAGCUGCUCAUUAAAUUCAAAACAACGGAUCGGAUCGGUCGGAAAGCUUGAGUUCUUAUCAAUUUAUUGGGGAGUCACCACAAAAAAAUUGUUAUUUAUUAUUUGCCUUCAAAUCAUUCAACGUUGCCCAAUUUAUACCGUACAAAAAAAAAUGAAAUCUGGAAAUAUUUUGUAUUUGUCCAUGCUAUUGGCCUUUCUAAAUCAAACAGAAGCCAACAAAAAUUAUAAUUUUAUGGAUGACAAAGAAAUGUUGCAUUUGUCAGAAACUUUUAAGCAAAUCGAUAGAUUGGAGCACCUAAAUGUUGUCCAGCACAGACAUGUCGCUGCCUUCGCCAUAGGUUCAAAUGACUAUGUAAAUGAAAGUAUUCCAUGCGUAAGAGAUAUGAUAGAUAUCUAUAUAACUAUACAAAGGAUAUCACGUCAUUACCCAUAUUUAAAAAAGUUCGAGAUGGAUAGGUUUGAGAAUAUAACACAAAUAAAUAUGGCUGAGGUUCAGGUUUCUACCAAAGAAGACAAGAAUCUCCAUGCUAUGGAAAAGAUUAAGCUGAAACUCUUCGGAAAAGAUGACCUGAUGGGUCAACUGGCCAGGGGUAACCAGCAGUUACAGCUCUUUACUUGCAAAACGCCACAGUCUCCUCAGCAAUUUCUUUACACGUUUUAUGUGGACUACAUUCUUCUCGAACUGAAGGCCCACGCCUUGGUAGAGUGGUCCUGGAUGUUGCUCAGGAAGUUCGGAAAGGGUGGAUCCAUCGAGGAGGAGAAAGCAUCUCGGGAAGCUUACCAGCGAAGGACACCCGGAACUCUUCCAAGGAUCAAGGACUUGAUGAGCCAAGCAGAUCGCUCCGUUUGGCGGUGCGACCCAAGGGAACACAAGGCCGGGGUCACCUACGAGGAGGUCACCCGCCUGCUGCAGGGUUACGUGGAGAACGAGGUGGACCUGAACAGCGACGGAACCUGCCGUCGUGACUGUGGCUACUACACAUCCUCCAGAAGUGAGGGGUGUUUCGACAAUAAGUUCUGUUCUGAGCAGCCAAAAUGCGGCGGUGGGGUACACGAAUGUCGCUUUGUAGAAUCAGAUAUGCAGAUUUGCCAGGCGGAUAAGAACUCCAACAGACGGUACGAGUUCAUCCGGUAUGAAAGUGGACUUGUUCAUGGACAGAAAGGAUCAUGUGACACAUGGUUAAACCGUGCCAAAAGUUGGAACCGGUGGAUUUUUCAGGAAUGCAGCUACUGUGUUUGCCUGUGCGAUGAUCAAAGCCCCAAGUCGGAUCGAUUCUUUAACCUACGACCUGUGAUCGCUGAUGUGGACAACAACAGAGUCGUGACGGGCCUUCGAUUUGUUAAGAGCAAUCGCAUUUUUCACCUGCAGAUUCAGGAGGGCGAGCUCCUGCCCCUUGGAGUCAUUAAUGAGUCCACUCUUCAGUGGAAACCCGUGGAUACGUACACCAUAUCCGAUGAGGAUGUGAAGCAAAACGUUGACUUCCACAUGUUGUCCUUUGAGAAGAGAUCCAUAAAUCUUGGCAAAGUGGAAGCGAACAACAACUCUGUGGUUACCGGGCUGCGGUUCCAAGUGGUCGGAACCCAUCUUCAACUGGAGGCCCAAUUCAGCAGAGUCGAUUUUGAAAACGGAAAGCUCAUCGAGCCGAAUACAACGAGCUUUUGGCUAUCCGGGAGCAACGAUGAACCAAGGGAGAAGAUAUCCAUAAAGGACGCCCAAGUGCCUACGCGAUCGUCUGUCCCCUCGAUACCUUACCCGAGUGACAACCAGUAUAUCGAAUUUACCAACACUGGCUUUGACCAGGAUGCUGCCCAGACCACUGUGCCCUAUAUUGACAUCCAGGAAGUUGUUUCUGAACCAAUGGUUCCGCUCUCCGGAAUCGGAAUUUACUACAAAAGCCGAGAUGGAUAUGGCGGAUUUCUGGCCCCCAAGAUCAUCACCUAUGACUUUACACCAUACGUCCAGGUUCCCGCAUGGGAAUUGCUAAACUCAAAAAAGCCGGAAUAGAUUAAAUUCUAUUUAAGAUGGAUCGGCUCUUGUUUCUGUAUGCUUUCGUACGUGCACCAUCCCAAUUGUAUUACAUUUUAUUAAUGAGUUAUUAAUUUGAACCCAGGAAAGAGUAAACAAAGCGUUUUUAAUUCUAUUAGUAUAUUUUGUGUUAUGGUUGUUUUCAUAUUUGAAUUUCAUUUAAAACUAUUACGAAUUUAUUUGCUUAUCGCAAUGUUCCAUUUUUACGAAUUCAAAAUCAGGAGAUAAGAAAUUAAAAGAAAACAUUAAAUGAAAUCAAAAAACAUUGAUGAAUCAUACUCGUGAACUUAACGAUUUAUUUUGAUGUUAUCAGGGAAUUGUGUCACAAUUUUUAUUAAUUAAAGCGAAAAAAAUCUAUAAGGUAAUCUGCCUUAUCUCUCUACGUAGAUUUGAAAUGAAAAGAGUUAAGAAAUUUUGGAUCAAGUUUAAAUUGGUUUCUAUCAAAUAUUAAUAAUAUUUUUGACUUCAGG